GCCUCCAGGCUCCAGGGAUGUGUCUGUGUACGCACCGAGAAUCACCCACCAGCCGAGCUGACGCCACCAAAUCUCACAUCUUAGUUAUGGUCGCCCAUGCAGAAAUCCUUCUGUCUGCAACAAGGCACAGAUUUGAGCUGGAGCUAGGCCCAAUUCCUCGCCUUGGCGCCUGGACCAAGCAAGAAUCACCGGGUACCAGACUCUAGCUCGAUAAAAUACUGCCUGGAGCAAGAGGCGCCCAAAUUCAACUCGCCCAUGCAGAAAUCCUUCUGUCUGCAACAAGGCACAGAUUUGAGCUGGAGCUAGGCCCAAUUCCUCGCCUUGGCGCCUGGACCAAGCAAGAAUCACCGGGUACCAGACUCUAGCUCGAUAAAAUACUGCCUGGAGCAAGAGGCGCCCAAAUUCAACUCGCCCAAGAAAGCGCUCGCAGCAGGAAAAUAAAACACAGACCAGCCUUCCCUCCAAUCGGCCUAAAAUAGGCACCGGCCGAAAUGAAAUGACCUGCGAAUAACCGGUGAAGAGAUUCUUGGUUUGUGGAGAAGAGAAGAAGCAAGAAUU